AUGAAGGAGUGCAUAUCUGAGCAGGAUCACUACCAACUUUUCCCUAACAAGGGAUACGCCAUGGAUGAGGAAUGCGACCUUGUCGAAGUACACGGACAAGAGGUCGCUUAUUGCCUUUGCCGUAAUCAGAACUUUUGCAACAGGGCGCCAAUCGCAGAUCAAUUUAUCGCCUUCGAAGAGAAGAAUCCGGAGCUGUUUGCUGACCCUGAGCCACCUACGCCAACAGUUCCGAAAGGGCCUGCACCACUUGCACCGCCAGUAGCGAUGCAAGCCUCGAACGGAUUUGGUGCUCCACCAAUACCACCUCCUCCAAUUAUCCCUAUAAAUGAUCCAAGGAAUAGGGUGCCAGGAAUCGAGUCAGAAAUCAGACGAGCACAACUUCCCACCAGAGAACGUUCUGAUGAGGGUGCUGUACCGUUUUCCGUCGGUCAGGGAAAGUUCAUCGGCAGUAUGGGAAUAAAGCAUCAUGCAGUGGCCAUAGCAGCUCCACCAUCGGCACCACCACGAGCGCCAUCACAGCCUCCCAGAAUGGAACAGUCACCGUCA